AUGGCGAUCAACACCAGUUUCCUUGCUGUGCAAGGUGUCGCUACUGAAAUGGUUGUGGAGUCUAUCCUGAAGGGAUCUAUUAUCUUCUGUGUGGGCUGCUUGUUUUCAGGCGUGUUUGUGCAACACUUCAGCGAGAAAAUGAAGUCUUUGCAAUUCACAGCCUAUUAUCUAGAUCAGGGGAUGACAGUGGUUGUUGGGGUGUUCAGCAUGCCCCGGUUUUUUUGUAUGUUGAGGGGGAAAAGUAUUAUGUGGUCUGGUUUUUGGUUCCUUGCGAGUGCCUUCAUAGAUGCCCAGCACUCCAAACCUGCACUCGUCACGUGUGCCUGCUGCCUAACUAUUGUGAUGUGCAUGUUGAGCCCCUUGGCUUGGUAUGGUUUACGCGCAGGGGUAACACUCAUGCUAGAAGCAGCUGGGUGA